AUGAAGAUGGGCUUCUGGGAUUUCCCUUUCAUGCGAAAGGCGUUCCGGUUUAAACGACUUGUAGCUGAGAAUGAAAGAAGAAGGAAGAAGAAACCAUCAUGGUUAACUCCGGUUUCUCACGGAUACUAUACCAUCGACCGUUCAUCCAAUACCGAUUCGGUUUUCGUACAGAGAGAGCAACAGAGUGAAGAGCUCGAGAUUUGGUUAUUCGCAGUUUCAAAUGCUGGAACAGGGAAAGAGAUUGUCAAAUAUAUGCAGAACCAUCUCUUCGAUAAGCUCACCAACGAGCAUGGAAUUAUGAGAAAAUGUAAAGAGACGAUGAGAAGAGCGUACGUUGAGGAAAAGAGAAGCGGUGGCUCAGCCGCUUCGGUCACUGUGGUGAACGGAGAAAAGCUAGUAAUGGCUAGUAUUGGCGGCCAUAGAGUGGUGGUUUGUAGAGACGGCGAGGCUCAUCAAAUCGGAGAUAAGAACCGGAGAUUCUCAAUAAAACAUUGGUCACAAUUUAUUUUCCCAGUUUGUAAUCAAGGAGAAACAGAAGAUGAAUCAGAUUCAGAAAUUGCUUUGGUCACAGAAAAGAUUAAUUCAGAUACAGAGUUUAUCAUCAUCGGUAGCUCUGGAAUUUGGGAGGUGAUGAAGAAUCAAGAAGCGAUUAACCUAAUCAGAUACAUCGAAGAUCCUCAAGAAGCUGCAAAAUGCUUAGCCAAAGAAGCCUUAAACAGGAUUAGCAAAAGCGACAUUUCUUGUGUUGUGAUUAAGUUUGACUAA